CUUGAUCCCAUACAACACCCUCAUCAUGUCAAAGAUUCUGAGCGUGUUUGGGGCAACCGGUGGCCAGGGUCGUUCUGUCGUGGAAGCUGUCCUGGCGGAUGGUACUCUUUCAGCGGAGUUCAGAAUCCGAGGCAUUGCCCGCGAUGUAUCGAAACCUGUGGCACGAGAAUUAAGCGCCAGAGGCGUCGAGAUGGUCCAGGCCGACAUGCUCUCAAAGGACUCUGUCAGGUACGCUCUGAAAGGUUCUCAUACUGUGUUCCUGAUGACCGCGCCGGUCGUGAAUCAAUGGGACUUGGAAAAGACCCAAGGCAAGAACGUUGCAGAUGUUUCUGAAGAGCUGGGAGUCGAGCAUCUCAUCUUCUCGUCCUUGCUUUCCGUCGCCGAACUGUCCAACGGCGAGCGCCCCAAUGUACACCCAACAGAGGCCAAGGCCGAAGUGGAGCGCUACAUCCGCGCCAAGAACAUCCCGAGCAGUUUUGUUCUCACUGGGGUCUUCAUGCACAACUUCAUACUUCCUCCCUGGCAGAACUUUAGGAAGGGUGAUGACGGAACUCUCGUCUGGACCAUUCCUGGGAGUAGCGAGGCCAAAAUUCCUCUGAUUGACAAUGAAAAAGAUGUUGGCAAAUACGUCGUUGGAAUGAUGAAAAGCACGCCGGAGAUCUUUGGAAAGAGAGUGCUUGCGUCUGUAGAUUACUACACACCCACUCGAAUCAUCUCGGAGUUCCAAGAGAUCACCGGAAAGCCUGUUCGAUUGGUGCAGAAGGCCGACUGGGAUACCUUUAUGAAGUGGCUGCCCCCGCCUGUUGGGCCGAUUAUGUUCGAAAUUGAAAGUGGAUUCGAUGGUGUCGGCUAUUACGCAGGUGAAAGUCUGGAGGAAAGUCUGAACAUUCUGGCCAAGUCCGGUUCGCCGCCCACGACCUGGAAAGACUUUGUGAAGGAAAACAUUGCAGCAUUUCCUUGA